AUGGUAUGUUUUGCGGUUUGGCAAAUUGCAAUGAAAUUGUUACGGCUUUUGGUUCAUACAAUAAACCCUUUGGUACAGGCACUCACACCCCACCCACGCCAGCCCCUGCGUGUGAGGGCAAAACUGGUUUGACACCCAACGGCCGCAGGGCACAAAUUCCAGAAGCAGGUCCCAACGCCUCCCUUCCUCACCCAAAGUUUACCUUUUUUGGCAAAUCCAGGCAGGUCUCGGCUCUCGCCUCUUCCCACCUUGAGCUCUGCAUCAGUGCAGGAUUUGACGAUUCUACGAACCCUGUUCACACCACGUAGAAUCAUACGUUGAAGGCUUCCUGCAAAUAAUCCUUGGAUCUUUAGUUUGCUAAGGGUGCUGGGAACUGUAGUUUUGCGAGGGGCAAAUUUGCAAUUGCUGGGAUAGGUAAAGGUAAAGGGACCCCUGACCAUUAGGUCCAGUCGUGGCCGACUCUGGGGUUGCGGCGCUCAUCUCGCUUUACUGGCCGAGGGAGCCGGCGUACAGCUUCUGGGUCAUGUGGCCAGCAGGACUAAGCUGGCAAACCAGAGCAGUGCAAGGAAACGCCGUUUACCUUCCCGCCAGAGUGGUACCUAUUUAUCUACUUGCAAUUUGACGUGCUAGGUUGGCAGGAGCAGGGACCGAGCAACGGGAGCUCACCCCGUCGUGGGGAUUCGAACCGCUGACCUUCUGAUCGGCAAGCCCUAGGCUCUGUGGUUUAACCUACAGCGCCACCCGCGUCCCUAAUUGCUGGGAUACUUAAGCGUGUAAGAUGAGCCCUCCUGGACCAGUUUGAUGGCCGAUAUAGUGAUAGAAUCAUAGACCUGUUGAGUUGCAAGGGACCCCCCAGGGCAUGGGUAGGCAAACUAAGGCCCGGGGGCCGGAUUCGGCCCAAUCGCCUUCUAAAUCCGCCCCACGGACGGUCCGGGAAUCAGUGUAUUUUCACAUGAGUAGAAUGUGUGCUUUUAUUUAAAAUGCAUCUCCGGGUUACUUGUGGGGCAUAGGAAUUCAUUCCCCCCCCCUAAAAUAUAGUCCGGCCCCCCACAAGGUCUGAGGGACAGUGGACCGGCCCCCUGCUGAAAAAGUUUGCUGACCCCUGAUCUAGAGGGCUGAGUGUGGGGAUGUUGUUGUUGUUUAGUCAUGUCCGACUCUUUGUGACCCCCUGGACCAGAGCACGCCAGGCCCGCCUGUCUUCCACUGCCUCCCGCAGUUUGGUCAAACUCAUGCUGGUAGCUUCGAGAACACUGUCCCACCAUCUCGUCCUCCGUCUUCCCCUUCUCCUUGUGCCCUCCAUCUUUCCCAACAUCAGGGUCUUUUCCAGGGAGUCUUCUUUUCUCAUGAGGUGGCCAAAGUACUGGAGCCCCAGCUUCAGGAUCUGUCCUUCCAGUGAGCACUCAGGGCUGAUUUCCUUCAGAAUGGAGAGGUUUGAUCUUCUUGCAGUCCAUGGGACUCUCAAGAGUCUCCUCCAGCACCAGAAUUCAAAAGCAUCCAUUCUUUGGCGAUCAGCCUUCUUUAUGGUCCAGCUCUCACUUCCAUACAUCACUACUGGGAAAACCAGAGCUUUAACUAUAGGGACCUUUGUUGGCAAGGUGAUGUCUCUGCUUUUUAAGAUGCUGUCUAGGUUUGUCAUCGCUUUUCUCCCAAGAAGCAGGCGUAUUUUAAUUUCUUUUAAUUUGGGGUACCUGAGCUAAAUGAAUGGAUCGUCCAUAGCUAGAGGCAGUCUAUAUCUGAAUGCCAGGGUUAAAAGGGCACUGGCCUUGCCAGUGUAUCUGAAACUUUCAUUUUCAACACGAAGCCCGGUAAGCGUGUUCAGAGACACUGUAUAACUGACCCCAGAGGUGGACAGCAGCUUCCUCGCCCGGACUCUGGCGCGCAGCCGCUCGCCUCGCUAAGCCCCGCCCCAACCCCCGUGCCCUUCCUCAAGAUGGCGUCCGCGGCUUCCACUCGCGAGACCGAGCUGGCCCGCGGGAACCAAACAGGGGAAUCCCCGCAGCAUGGCCAUUUCCACGCCUCCCCUGAUCCCAUCUGAUUUUGCCGCCGCUUACAGUUCAGUCGGGCGGAAGGCGAGGGGCGAGGCCGGGCUGCUGGUGGAGGGGCCGCUACCUGGAGCAGGUAAAGAGAUUGCCACAGCCUUUGCCCUUCCUUUUUUUGAGAUGGGGGGGGGGUAGAAAACCGAGUUCCUGCCCACCCGGGUAAAGGCCAGGCCGUGGUAGGCGCGCGCGGGUUAUGCGGAAUUGUUUAUUUUUUUCCUGGCGGGGUUGAGUCACCGGCCGAUGAGCCGCUUCCGUCCCACGGAUGAGCCCCAUUGAAAAAGGAGCGGGGGCGUAGAACGUUGCCAGCGCCAGGGUUCCACGGGAAGAACGUUGGCGGCCGCCGUGUUCCAUCCCGUGGAACGUUGGCGGCCGUCGCGUUCUAUCCCGUGGAACGUUGGCGGCCGCGGGGUUCCAUCCCGUGGAACGUUGGCGGCCGCGGGGUUCCAUCCAUGGAACGUUGCCUCCGCUGCCCCCGGGAUUUGCCCGUGCAGGGAACCGGAGGAGGAGGAGAAGGAGGAGGCCUCGCUUUGGUGAGGAACUUUCGCUUAGCACGGCUUGGGGGGAGAAAGGAGAGGCGCUUCCCCAAUCUCUCCCCCACCCCACCCCACUUUUCCCCCCCAAGAGGGUCGGAAAAACGGGGCUUCCUUCUCUACCACCCCCUUUCUUGUGCGUCCCUCGGAGAUUGAAAAAGGAGCUCGCGGCCCGAUCCCCGCAGGCCUUUACUCGGGAAGUAAGCCGCUCCGAAUCCUACCAGCGAAUGCAAACUUGCAAGUUUAUUUUUUUAGAUGUUGCUUAAGAGCCAGUGUGCUUCCCUGGAAAGUAGAUCCAUUGUGUUCAGUGGGGCUUACUCCCAGGUAAACGGUGCGGAGAGGCAACGUUUCUAGAUCUUUCUGGAAGGGGGGGGAUGUUACUUUUGGGGGGGGGUGCGAUCCCGAUCCUUAUAGAGACCUGAGGCCCCCAAUGCAAUUUUUAAUUGAAGUGUGCAAAGAUUGCAGGGAAGGGCAGGGAAGAGAGAGGGAGAGCAAAGAUGAUCGGAAGUUUCCUGCUUAAAAAAUGUUUCCAUCUCGGAGUUUCCACCGUCCUGAAAAGAAAAAGACCCUGGUUCCCUCCAGCUGUUUGGGAAUGCAAAAAACCACACAACUGGAGGGCUCCAGAUGUUGAGGAAGACUGCUUUUGUGUAUAGGUGUUUGCGAGAGGGUAAAUGGAACCGACGUAAUAUGUAUGUCUCCCCCUCAAAAAUCUGACACCCCCCCCCGCAAUAUUCUUGAUUUAUCAGUGUGUCCCGUGUCGGAGGUAUUUCAUAUGCAAAUAAGUUUACUGCGAGAGGAUGCUCCGGCUACAAACAUAUUCCAUGCAUUAAAUUUAUUUGCAUAUGAAAUUCGUUUGAGUGAAAAAUACUGGACGAUUAGCAAGUCAGAAAACUUUUAACGUCUGCUUUUAGAGCCUGCUAUCCUUUUAUUGCUGUUUGACCAGGCAUGCAAAAGUUAAGUCAUUAUUUUUGUGCCCUAAAUUGCAGCUUUUACUUUGUGCAUAAAUCCAACACUAGUCCCAAUCACUGAUUUCCUUUUUCAGCAGGCAGGCAAAAAACCCCAAACCCCACCGUGGGAACGAAUUCCCCCUAAAUGGGUUCCUGCCCCUUUAAUAGAAUUAAACCCUUGUCCUGGAUUUACCAUCUCCUAUUCCUCUCCCCCCCCCCCGUCCGGAAACCUGAUACAUGGUACAGUCCGCUCUGGUGUCAGAAGGAACCAUAACGAUGCGAGGAGGGGUGAUGGGGAACUGCUAGGCGCCUUAUACAUUUGUUUGCGGCGCUUUUUGCCCUUCUGAUAACUCGAGCGUCGUGUGUAAAGCGGUGCAGCGGUGUAGAAAGGAUUGUGUGUGGAGACACGAUAGGGAGCGAAGCGAAGUUGACGAGCUUUCUCAUUAUACACCCCCCCCGCCUUAAGGAAUGGUACGACCCGGGCCAAAAAACCUUUUCCUCCCUGGAGGCCGGAAAGGAACGUACUAAGAACGUUUCUGGCUGGGGAAGGAGAGUUUAGGCCUUCCUCUGAUCUGAGUAGGCAAUAGGGGUUUUUUUUUGUUUUUUUCAAAAAAAAAAUGCUAUUGGUUUUCGCAACAUUAUAAACAAACAAGCACAUAAGACAAGCAAGCAUCAAUCAUAGCCUUAUUGAAAAUUACACUUGUUAACAUUGUUAAGUGACUUCCUCGCUUCCCCUUGGUUGAAUUUCAUUGCAUGUCCUUUUAACGGUUUUCCAAAUCACAGUUCUUAUAAAAUUUAACUUAAACAUUAACAUCCUUCACAGUAUAAAAUUAAACAUAUUAAUUCGACAUUUAACAUAAAUAAAAUCCUGAUUGCCUGCUUAGGGUUAUUUGUGCAUGCACAGAAAAGAAUCAAUUUUAUUUUUUAAUCAGUGCAAUUGUUAUUAUUAGAAUUUAUAUCCCGCUCUUCCUAAUGAAUAAAUGGAUUUUUAUUUUUAACCCAAAUUGCAUUCAACUGGUGGGGCUUCUGCUUUCAAAUGCAGAUCUGCUGGAAAUUUGGAUUUCAUAUUUUUUUUCCUGUUGGCCCCAAGAAAGGCAACACGGGAGGUGGGAAAAGGAGUGUAAGGGAAAGGGAGCAGUAUUUUUCUUAUAACAAAGUGCAUACUUGCAUUGCAUUUUUUAUUUUAGUCAGUGGUGUGCAAACUUUUUUCAGAGAGGGCCAGAUUUGAUGAAAUGAAGGGCCGUGAGGGCCGACCAAAGUUGUUAACCUUUUUUUAGGAUUGAAGUUGAGCUUUUUUAAGGAUUUUACCUCAGAGUUGUUGAGCUUUCUUUAGGAUUGAAGUUGCUGAGAUUUUUUUAGGAUUUUACCCCAGGAAAUAAACUGCCACGGGGGCCGGAUUAAACCGACCAGGGGGCCGCAUUAGGCCCCAAAACAGACUUUGGACAUGCCUAAUUUAAGUGGUGGGGCUCCUGGUUUCAAAUGCAGAUCUGCUGGAAAUUUGGAUUUCAUAUACAGUGGUACCUCAGGUUACAUACGCUUCAGGAUACAGACUCCGCUAACCCAGAAAUAUUACCUCGGGUUAAGAACUUUGCUUCAGGAUGAGAACAGAAAUCGCGUGGCAGCAGCAGGAGGCUCCAUUAGCUAAAGUGGUGCUUCAGGUUAAGAACAGUUUCAGGUUAAGAACAGACCUCCGCGACGAAUUAAGUACUUAACCCGAGGUACUACUGUAUUUUUUUCCUGGUGGCCCCAAGAAAGGCAGCAAAGGAGGUGGGAAAAGGAGAGUAAGGGAAAGGGAGCAGUGUUUUCCUUAUAACAAAGUGCAUACAUGGAUUGCAUUUUUUAUUUUAGUAAAAGCAGAGUAAGGUGAAUAGAUGAGGAGGCGGGGAGAAGACAGAAAACAAACAAACCCCACACUGAGGACCGGUGGCAUGUUCCGUCCUGAAUAAAUAUUUUAGAGAGAUUAGCAUCAGGUAUAGAAAAAUGCUUUAGCAUAAGCUGAGAAGGCGCCUCUUCCCCAAAUACUCAAUAUUUUAAGCCAGCUUUUGUUUUGUAGGAAUAUGGGGAAGACAUAUUAUUACGUGGUGCCCACGAGUUGCUGCUCUCAUGAUCAGAUAAUUGAGUUAAGUCUGUUUCCUGUGGUCAGUAUUAGUUGGUUAAACUUAGCGAUGUGCCAAGAGAAUUCAGCUUAGUAGAGCUUGAGAAUUUCGUGAUAUUUAAGAUUCUGGGAGAAUCCAUAAGGCUGUAAGGAUCUCUUCCUUGGCUGAUUGACACCUGUUUGGGAUCCUUGGGCAACUGAAAAGGGUCAUAAGCUUUCCUGCCUUUGCCCAUAGCUGUCAACUUACAGAUUUGAAAAUAAGGGACCAGCAGCCUCGAAAAUAAGGGACCAGCAGCCUCAAAAAUAAGGGAUCAGCAGCCAAAAUAAGGGAUUUUCCAAACACAGGUAUGUUCAACUUCUGAGCCCCUCCGAGCCAAAGGUAGAAAGCCCAGCCAGCAGCCAAAUGAAGCCUCAAGCGGUGGUUCCCACAGCGCAGCAACCCGGCAAAGGGGAUGCAGCAAGGAAAACCACCGUCCCCUCUCCGCUGGGAAGCGCUGAGCAAAGGCGAGUCCCCAGGCAACGCGGCCGAUUUGAUUGGCACAAGGCAUGCAAGCUCCACCCCCCAGUCGUUCUCAGACUCCUUAUUGGGUGAGCAACGCAGCCAAGCAACACAGAUGGAGCCUCCCUCCUCCCUGGCCGGCAGGGAGGGAGGGAGAGGAGCUGCUUCCUUUGAAACCCAGGAAAUUUAAGGGACAGCAGCGGGACACGGCGCUGGCAUAAGGGACUGUCCCGCCAAAUAAGGGACGGUUGACAGCUGUGCCUUUGUCAUGUUUUAUUAUCUUCCCCAUCCAAUGAGAAAUGAUGGUCUUAGUACAGCAGUACCUUGGUUCUCAAACGUAAUCCGUUCCGGAGGUCUGUUCCAAAACCAAAGCGCGUUCCAAAACCAAGGCACACUUUCCCAUAGAAAGUCAUGCAAAGCGGAUUAAUCCGUUCCAGACUUUUAAAAACAACCCCUAAAACAGCAAUUUAACAUGAAUUUUACUCUCUAAGGCAGGGGUCAGCAACCUUUUUCAGCCGUUGGCUGGUCCACUGUCCCUCAGACAGACCUUGUGGGGGGCCGGACUAUAUUUUGAAGGGGGGAAAAGGGAAUGAAUUCCUGUGCCCCACAAAUAACCCAGAGGUGCAUUUUAAAUAAAAGGACACAUUCUGCUCAUGUAAAAACACUAGGCAGGCCCCACAAAUAACCCAGAGAUGCAUUUUAAAUAAAAGGACACAUGUAAAAACACGCUGAUUCACGGACUGUCCGGGCCGGAUUGAGAAGGCGAUUGGGCCGGAUCCGGCUUGCGGGCCUCAGUUUGCCUACCCCUGCUCUAACGAGACCGCUGAUCCAUGUAAUGAAAGCAAUAAAUAAUGUACUGCAGUCACACAGUCAAUCCAUCAGUAGCGGAACUGGGUUCCGCACAGUCACAAUAACAACAAAAAAAGAGCCGCAAAAACAAAAAGGCAAAAUACCGUAUUUUUCGCUCUAUAGGACGCACUUUUUCCCCUCCAAAAAUGAAGGGGAAAUGUGUGUGCGUCCUAUGGGGCGAAUGCAGGCUUUCGCUGAAGCCUGGAGAGCGAGAGGCGUCGGUGCGCACCGACGCCUCUCGCUCUCCAGGCUUCAGGAAUCUAUCUGCAAGCCAUGCGCACCCGGGGGGAGUUCCCCCAGGCACGCAAGGCUUGCGGGCGGCAGCCUGCAGCGCGGAGCACGGGGCGCCCUCCGGAGGAAGCCCCGUGCUUCCAGCAGGUGUCCGCAGCCUGCCGCCCGGCGCGUGGGGCGCCCUGAAGCAGAGCGCCCCUCGCGCCGGGCAGACAUUGGCCAGCCCCACAAGCUCGGGGGACAACGGGGAGGCGCAGCGCCGCCAUCCCACUGUUCCCCGACCUGGUUUGGGGGGGGAAAUAAAGGAAAAAAUUUUUUCCUUUAUUUCCCCCCCCCAAAAAGUAGGUGCGUCCUAUGGGACGGAGCGUCCUAUGGAACGAAAAAUACAGUAAAUAGCAAAAACAGACAUAACACUCAAAACAGAUGUGUGGCACUCAAAACGGAGCACGUUCGGCUUCUGAAAAAAGUUUGCAAUCCAGAACACUUACUUCCAGGUUUGCAGUGUUUGGGUUCCAAGGCGUUUGAGAACCAAGGGACCCCUGUAGCUAGACAUGAAGCCAGCAGUGGGAUGCAGCAGCAAAAAGAGCCAAUCUGAUUGUCGGCUUUAUCCAGGGUGGAUCUGAUUUAAAUCAAAUUGGUUUAUUUUUCAAAAAUUUUAUUGGUUUUCACAAUAUUAUAAACAAACAAACAAACAAACAAACAAGACAAACAAACAUAAAUAAAUCAUAGCCUUAUUGAAAAUUACACUUAUUAACAUUGUUCAGUGACUUCCUCGCUUCCCCUUGGUUGAAUUUCAUUGCAUAUCCUUUUAACGGUUUUCCAAAUCCCAAUUCUUAUGAAAUUUAACUUGAACAUUAACAUCCUUAAAUCUUCAUCUUAUGGAUUUAAACAUAUUAAUUUGACACUUAACAUAAAUAAAAUCCAAUGCCAAUUAAGUAUCUGCAAGCUGUUUUCAGUUAAUUUAACUUAACCAUAUUUAACUAAGUAAUCAUUAAAUUUAAUCCACUCUUCCUGGACUCUUCCAGUUAGGUCGGCUAGCUCCAAAAAAUCCAUCAUCUUCAUCUGCCAUUCUUUUAUGGUUGGUAAUUCUUGGGUUUUCCACUUUUUAGCUAACAAAAUACGAGCAGCAAGCACAACUAAAUCAAAUUGGUUUAAAUCACUUGUCAGUAAGACUUGAUUUAAAUCUCCCCCCUCCCCCCAAAAAAAGACUAAUUCUUGCUGUUAUUAUCUUAAUAGUUACAACCAGAUGAAGGGCUUGGACUAGAUGACCCCUGGGUUCCUUCCAGUUGUACAAUCCUGUGCUUCUGUUGCAGUGCAGUAAUAUUGCAAACGAAUUCAUGUAUGCGAGCGGCCUAGGUAUCGUCUCUGCGCCUCCCCCUUGAUGGUUUGCUUUGGUGUAAGGGGGAGAAAGAGAACUGUGAUUAGCAGAUUACCUGUUUUGAAACGAAGUCCUCUUCCCUCGGUCCGGUCCCCUUUCCAGAUGUUUUGGACUACAACUCCCAUCAUCCGCAGCAGAGGAUGAUGGGAGUUGUAGUCCCGAAACAUCUGGAAAGGCAUCGGGCUGGAGAAGGCUGAACGAAGGAGCCAGAGCCGGCCUAGGCAAACUCCAGCCCUCCGGAUGCUUGGGACUACAAUUCCCAUCAUCCGCAGCAGAGGAUGAUGGGAGUUGUAGUCCCGAAACAUCUGGAAAGGCAUCGGGCUGGAGAAGGCUGAACGAAGGAGCCAGAGCCGGCCUAGGCAAACUCCGGCCCUCCAGAUGUUUGGGACUACAUUUCCCAUCAUCCUGGACCACUGUUAGCUAGGGAUGAUGGGAGUUGUAGUCCCAAAACACCUGGAGGGCCGGAGUUUGCCUAGGCCUGAGAUAGAGGGACCGAUAUCUAACAAAUCUGUAUCUUAUUUUCAAGCUACAUCUGUCUGCUUCUGCUGCUCCCGGCUUUGAAGAUGGAACAAUUGUUUGAAUCCGACGCGGUGUUCAAUGAGCUAUGGACUUGCAUGCAGUCCAGCAAAGAUUUUGAGGUAAGUGGAAUUAGUAGAAUUGUAGAGUUGGAAAGGGACUCCAAGGGCACCCUCGAUCGGUUUGAUCUAAUACAGGGUGGAUUUGAUUUAAAUCAAAUCGAUUUAAAUCACAGUUUAAAUUACUAGUCAGUAAGACUUGAUUUAAAUCAUUAAUUUUUUUACAGAAUGAUUCAUUCUUGCUGGUAUAAUCUUAAUAUUUACAACCAGAUGAAGGUUUCAUUUUUGGAAUGAAUAAAUUUUCAGAGUGGUUUUUACAGUUAUAUCAAAAAUUACUGAUUUGUUUAUACUGUUAGAAAUACAUAGAUAAUUGUGUAAUUAUUGUGAGGUUUAAUAAGUCAACUGUUAAUAGUUGGACAACUUUUCUGCUGUACUUUGUUGGAAAGAGAAAAAUAACCAUUUCCUUAAUAACAAUCGAAACUAUUUAACUAAAAGAAUAACUUUAUAGCAUAUGUAUCCAUGUUUGCUAACUGAUGGGGUUAAAUGGUUUUUUGUUUUUUAAACUUGGACUGAGUUUUAGCACACAUGAAAAACUUAAAACAGGAAAUAAAUCCUUAUUUCCUGAUGAAUAGCCUUUGGACUAUAAUGUAAGUUAAAUAGAAAACUACCGUAUUUUUUGCUCCAUAAGACGCACUUUUUUCCUCCUAAAAAGUAAGGGGAAAUGUCUGUGCGUCUUAUGGAGCGAAUGCGUGGUCCCUGGAGCCGAAUUGCCCAGGGGAGAAAAGAAGAUCAUGCUCUUUUUUUUUUUUUAGAAAGAGGGAAGGGGGUGUUGAAAGGAAGCAGCUGAUCGGCAAGCGAUCGGGAGGGAGAUAAGGGACGCUAGUGAUAAAGGAGGCUGCCUGGGACGGGGGAGGUAACAGCCCAUGGAUCCUCAGGAUUUUUGCAUUGGGUACCCCCAAAUUCACCAUCAGAUCACAUAGCAUCUCCAUGGCUACAGCCUGCACCAAAAAAAAAUCACGCACCCACUGUUUCGUGGGGCCACAAUGGCGCAAAAACAUGGUUACAAAGCACGGAUCCACAUGGAUCCUCAGGAUUUUUGCAUUGGGCUACCCCAAACUCACCAUCAACUCGCAUAUCAUGUCUGUGGCCACAGCAUGAACCACAAAAAUCAUACAUCCACUGUUUCGUUCAGAAUAUUUUCUUCCUUGUUUUCCUCCUCUAAAAACUAGGUGCGUCUUAUGGAGCGGAAAAUACGGGUUUUUUUGGCUACCGAUUGAUUGUGUGAUUGCAGUACAUGGGUUUUUUUUGCUUUCGUUUUAUGGAUCCAUGGUCUCGUUAGAUAGUAAAAUUCAUGUUAAAGUUCUGUUUUAGGGGUUGUUUUUAAAAGUCUGGAGCGGAUUAAUCCGUUUUGCGUUGCUUUCUACGGGAAAGCGCGCCUUGGUUUUAGAACGCUUUGGUUUUGGAACGGACUUCAUGAACGGAUGGAGUUUGAGAACCAAGGUACCACUGGAAGAAGAAGAAGAUGAUGAUGAUGAUGAUGUUUGGGUACUUGUCCUGCUGAGACCACCUUGCUGUGGCUCAGGUCCAUUCAACUUGCAACCCCGUAAUUCUCUUUUUAAUUUCUUUCUCUCUUCCCACCCUCUGCCCCUCCCAGGAGGAACUUCAUGAGGACCUGACCCUGGAGAACUUUCCCCUUCCUUUCCCGGAGGAGGGCAGUGCCCCCCAGGGGGGCGAGCAGAGCAGUGAGGCCACAAUCCUCCCCACCACCUCGGCCGUCCCUUCCACUGAAAACUACCCUGGCGAGCACGGGUUCGAGUUGGCGUUUGAGCCGUCGGGGACCGCCAAAUCUGUCACCUGCACCGUACGGAGCUGGGCAGGGGGGUGGAAGUGGGGCAGGGGAAAUGAUCUAUUUAAAAAAAUAUUAAUGGGUUGGGGUACAUUGAAGGCCGGAUUUAGGUUUGAUAAGGCCCUAAGCAUCUGAAGGCAGCCCUGUUUAGGGAAGUUUUUAAUGUUUGAUGUUUUAUCAUGUUUUUAAUAUUCUGUUGGGAUGCGGGUGGUGCUGUGGGUUAAACCACAGAGCCUAGGACUUGCCGAUCAGAAGGUCGGCGGUUCGAAUCCCCGCAAUGACAGGGUGAGCUCCCGUUGCUCAGUCCCUGCUCCUGCCCACCUAGCAGUUCGAAAGCACCUCAAAGUGCAAGUAGAUAAAUAGGUACCACUCAAGUGGGAAGGUAAACGGCGUUUCCGUGCGCUGCUCUGGUUCGCCAGAAGCGGCUUAGUCCUGCUGGCCACAUGACCCGGAAGCUGUACGCCGGCUCCCUCGGCCAAUAAAGCGAGAUGAGCGCCGCAACCCCAGAGUCGGCCAUGACUGGAGACCUACUGGUCAGGGGUCCCUUUACCUUUUAAUAUUCUGUUGGAAGCUGCCCAGAGUGGCUGGGGAAACCCAGCCAGAUGGGUGGGGUAUAAAUAAUAAAUUAUUAUUAUUAUUAUAAGCUACUGAAGGUAACGGGGCCCUUUCUAUGCCCAGGUGUACUUUGUCAGCAACAAAUUGUCGCUGUUUUUUUGUGUUGAAUAUAUGCUAUAUGGUCAUUUAUGGACCUUGCAAGUAUCUCAAGCCAAAAUAUGUAUUUUAUCAAAGUAAUUGUUGAUCUGAAAUACAGUUAAGAAGAAGUAUAUUAAUAGUGAAGUACAAUUGAGAAGAGGUAUGUUAAUAGUGAAAUAUUUAUUAAGCUCUAACUUAAAAUGAUUUUUUUAUUCAUAAUGCAAACACAUUGGCAUUUGGCAAAAAUUCCUUUAGAAACACACUUUAAAAAGACUCAUAAUCUAGUCUCGGGAAACUUGCUAUAAGUGUAAUGUGAAAUAAUAAUAGGUGUAAAUAUAUGAUGUAAACUAUCUGCUAAUAAUUAUAAAUAGCAGAAUGUAGGCACCCUAUAUAUAGAAAGGAGCAAACCUGUGAUAUUUUAGGGAGCAGGCGGGGCCCAUGACUUACAUCACAGAAGCCUGCACAACACAAAACACUGUUGCUGCAUGUAGGUUUUAUUUUAUUUGUUUUUUAUCUUAUAUUUUGGAAAUGUACAUCCAUGUGUUUCCCCCCCUUUCAUUUAUUUGGGGGCCCCAAGAGAGUGGGGCCCUAAGCUAGAGCUUGUUUAGCUUAUACGUAAAUCCGUAUUGUUUGGAGGGGAGACCUUCACCCAUGGAGGGGCAUUGGCAAAGGUUGGUUUUAUAAAAGGUCAGAAACUCAGAUAGAUAAGCUAAUCAUGAAAUGGCGCGUCAAACAGGUUAAGGUCGCCAGAAGAGAAAGUCUAGAAGUCUUUAUUUUAUUUUCUCAUUUAAACUUAUUAUUAAUUUCAUUUCUAUAUCGAAGGCGGAGGGCCUUCUCGGUGGUGGCGCCCGCCCUGUGGAACGCCCUCCCACCAGAUGUUGAGGAAAUAAACAACUAUCUGACUUUUAGAAGACAUCUGAAGGCAGCCCUGUUUAGGGAAGUUUGUAAUGUUUGAUCUUUUAUCAUGUUUUUAAUAUCCUGUUGGGAGCCACCCAGAAUGGCUGGGGAGGCCUGGCCAGGUGGGCUGGGUAUAAGUAAUUUAUUAUUAUUAUUAUUAUUAUUAUUAUUAUUAUUAUUAUUCUAAAGGAAACAUCUCCAGAGCUGUUUACCGAAACUUUAAAACAUCAUAUGAAACCAUCCUGAAUAAACCAGAUGCAGGCGUCAAGGAAAAUAUUCCAGAUCCAUCUCUAAGUGGCCUUUUGCUUUCCCCAAAUUUAUUCACCUAGUUAAUUGAUACAGCUUUCCCCAUAGCAGAAGGACUCUGGGAAGGCAGUGGGGUGAAGUGGUGAGAGUGUCAGACUGGGCCCUGGGAGUUCUGGGUUCAAAUCCCCACUGGGCGACCUUGGAGUCAGUUGCAGCCUCUUCGCCUCUCUCUCAGGGUCGUUGUGGAGAUUAACUGAGCAGGGGGGUGAACCAUGCACUACUUGGAGAAUAAAGUGGGAUAAAAAUACAAUGAAUAAGUUAUUCUGCUCACCAGUUUAAGAAAGCUGGAGGGGCCAGCGAGGCAGAGAUGUCUGUCGCCAACCCGGCGCCCAGAGAUCUGCACGGCUCUGCACCUGGUGCCUGGGGGAUUUUGAACGGGGUGCUCCUCCAGGGUGCCAUAAAUUCAUCCCCAGUGCCCCCUAAAAGCGUGAUUCCGAAUAGGAGUUUUGCAGGAGCCACAAAGAAAAUAACAGCACAGUUCAAUUCAAAUCUUCCCAAUGAAUGGCGCACCCAUUCGAAAGCCCCAUAUAAACUAACAUGGAUCUAGCGUGAAAGUCUUCGUCGCAGGGCUAUGGGUUCAAGUGCCACGUUGGGCAAAAGAUUCCUGCCUUUGCAGGGGGUUGGACUAGAUGGCCCUCUGGUCCCUUCCAACGCUACAAUUAAUUCUUUUUAAAUUUUAUUUUAAUAAAUUGGUUGAAUGAAUCGAUGCGCACCUCCUUCUUUGUUAUGUUUGAGGUGAAGUGUGUGUGUUGUUGUUUAGUCGUGUCCGCCUCUUCGUGACCCCUGGACCAGAGCACGCCAGGACCUCCUGGCUUCCACUGCCUCCCGCAGUUUGGUCAAACUCAUGCUGGUCGCUUCGAGAACACUGUCCCACCAUCUCGUCCUCUGUCGUCCCCUUCUCCUUGUGCCCUCCAUCUUUCCCAACAUCAGGGUCUUUUCCAGGGAGUCUUCUCUUCUCAGCUCCAGUGAGCACUCAGGGCUGAUUUCCUUCAGAAUGGAUCGGUUUGAUCUUCUUGCAGUCCAUGGGACUCUCAAGAGUCUCCUCCAGCACCAGAAUUCAAAAGCAUCCAUUCUUGGGUGAUCAGCCUUCUUUAUGGUCCAGCCCUCACUUCCAUACAUCACUACUGGGAAAACCAGAGCUUUAACUAUACGGACCUUUGUUGGCAAGGUGGUGUCUUUGCUUUUUAAGAUGCUGUCUAGGUUUGUCAUUGCUUUUCUCCCAAGGAGCAGGCGUCUUUUAAUUUUGUGGCUGCUGUCACCAUCUGCAGUGAUCAUGGAGCCCAAGAAAGUAAAAUCUCUCACUGCCUCCAUUUCUUCCCCUUCUAUUUGCCAGGAGGUGAUGGGACCAGUGGCCAUGAUCUUGGUUUUUUUGAUGUUGAGCUUCAGACCAUAUUUUGCGCUCUCCUCUUUCACCCUCAUUAAAAGGUUCUUUAAUUCCUCCUCACUUUCUGCCAUCAAGGUGGUGUCAUCUGCAUAACUGAAGUUGUUGAUAUUUCUUCUGGCAAUCUUAAUUUUCCAUUUAAUAAUACACAUUUACAUCAUCAUUAUCGACUUUACCGCCCUGGCUUUCAAAAUUAACUAACGCUACAAUUAAUUCUUAACUAAUUUAAUUGGUUUGUAGAAUCGUAAUAUUACAGAGGGUCAUGUUGUCGAACCCUCUUGGGUCCAGUGAUACCAGCUUUUUAAAGUCUUAUAUCUUGGCGCCAAUCUAGGCGUUCCCACUGUGGUCCAUUACUGCUUCAUUUUCACAAACAGAAGACCCGGCCUGCUCUCUCCUUCCCAAAAUGUUCGGAAGGGGCCUCGUUCUUUUUAGAAACUCACUUCGGGCAGAUGGCGCCCAUCCUUGACUCCUGCCGCGCCGCCCGGGGACCGGUGGGAGUUGUAGCUCAAAGCAGCUCAGGGGCACCCAGCUGAAGAAUGUCAGCCGCCUUGGCACCAUUCGUUUGAAGCUCUGAGAUGCCACACGUCCAAACCAUCAUGGCUUCAACCCCCCAAAGGAUUCUGGGAGCUGUAGCUUGUUCCAGGUGCUGAGAGAGCCCCUAUUCCCCUCACAGAACUAUAAUUCCCAGAGCAGUCCAUCCCUCUUCCCAGGGAACUCUGGCCGUUGUAAUAGGGAUAUUCGGACAGCUCCUAGCACCCUUUAUAUACUACAGUUUCCCUGAGAUAGAUGGAUAGAUUUACAUACAUUGGGGGUUGCUCAGUUUUUACCGUUUAAAGCGUUUAAAUGUAUGGUACAGAUGGGCCCUGGGAUAAAGAAAAUUCACUUUGAAGACUUGUCAAGAAAUUCCUAAGGCCCCAUUUUCACUAUACAGUGGUACCUCAGGUUACAUACGCUUCAGGUUACAGACUCCGCUAACCCAGAAAUAGUGCUUCAGGUUAAGAACUUUGCUUCAGGAUGAGAACAGAAAUCGUGCUCCGGCGGCGCGGUGGCAGCAGGAGGCCCCAUUAGCUAAAGUGGUGCUUCAGGUUAAGAACAGUUUCAGGUUAAGAACAGACCUCCGGAACGAAUUAAUCACUUAACCGGAGGUACCACUGUACAUUUAAAACAGCACCGUCCCACUUUUAACCCGUCAAUCACUUCCUCCCACCCAAGAGUUCUGGGAGUUAUAGUUUAAGACUCCCUUCUUCCCCUCACAGAGCUACAAUUGCCAGAAAGGGGUGGUGGUUGAUUAUUAAACUGCUCUGGGAAUUGUAGAUCCCACAGUGGGGACGGGACACUAGGGAAGGGGCCUCCUCUUGCCUCUGAGCACCCUCAGUAAACUACAGUUCCCGUAAUUCUUUGGGCGGAAAAAACUCCCGGCUUUUGGAAGUGGUGCUUUGAUCGCACGUUGUGACUGCGACCCGAGUCUCGCAGCUUUUUAAAGGCGGAUAUUUGAGGAGGCUGGACUUGAGACCAGACCCCUUUUCUCCACACACCCCCCAAACAACUCCGCAAGGCAAGUUUGGACAUGUUUUGCUCUCCUCCUUGCACAGUUCAUUGAGUUUCGUGUGUUGCUGGGGGGGAUUGGGGGGGGGCUGAGAGACGGACGGAACCCCGUUGCUCAGUGUCCGAAAUUAAAUCCCUUGAUCUUGUGCCGUGAUGGCCGAAAAGGUUAGUUGAACUUUGGGCAUGUUAAUAGGAUUGCGGUGCGUGUGGCUUUUUUGGGGGGGGGAAUCCUGUGUGGUCGAGAUCACUACCCCCCCCAAAAAAAAACAGUGUCAGGAAAGGAAUUUUAAUGUAAAGCAAAGGGCCAGCAAAAAGACUGCUGUGGGGUUUUUUGGGGGGGGUGGGUUGCCUAAAAGGAUGGGUGUGAAUUGAUUCCUACAUUUUUUGAGGGGUGCUAAAAAUUCUUGGGGGUAGGUCAGGCUUAAUACAUUCCUGUGAGGGUGAAGGAGGGGCUGCAUUAUCCUGCAAGCAUAUAAAAUCUAGGGCAGAGGUGGCCAACUCGUGAUCUACCGUAUUUUUCGCCCCAUAGUUUUUUGGGGGGGAAAUAAAGAAAAAAAAUUUAUUCCCCCCCCCCCAGGUGUGGGGCUGGGGCGGGAGAAGCCCGAGCUUCCCCCGACCCCCAGCCCCCAGAACAGGCUGCUCUCCACAAGCCUACAGGGCGAAAAAUACGGUACUCACAGAGUUAAAAACCGGCAGUGAUCUACUCCCGUUUUUUAGGGGUUCAGGUCAAAGUCGUUGAGCUGUUUUUUGUAGGAAGGAAAGCCCUGUUUUUGGGGGAAGCUUUUGAGCUUUUUUUAGGGGAGCCAAAGUUCUUGAGCUGCUUUGCGGAGAGCCGGUGAUCUACCGCAGACAUCCGGUGAUCUACCGGUAUUUGAUCUAGGGCAUUUGGGGAGAGAAGAAGGGAGCUGUCGAGGUGGGGCGGGAGAGAAUUGUAGGGUUUACAACUCCAGAAUGAGUAUAGAUUCGACUCCGAGGUUGAGGGGGGCCCGGACGCCUGGGUUCCCUCGGAGGCUGGAGGAGCCAGUUGUUUGGACAUCUUACAGUUAUCCUUUUUAACUUGCUUUUUAAGCUGUUUUUUAAAUGUUGCUUGUGUGCUUGCAAGCUGCGCCGGGGCCUUUGGAUGUUGUUGUUGUUGUUUAGUCGUGUCUGCCUCUUCGUGACCCCCUGGACCAGAGCACGCCAAGCCCUCCUGUCUUCCACUGCCUCCCGCAGUUUGGUCAAACUCACGUCUGUAGCUUCGAGAACACUGUCCCGCCAUCUCGUCCUCCGUCAUCCCCUUCUCCUUGUGCCCUCCAUCUUUCCCAACAUCAGGGUCUUUUCCAGGGAGUCUUCUCUUCUCAUGAGGUGGCCAAAGUCUUGGAGCCUCAGCUUCAGGAUCUGUCCUUCCAGUGAGCACUCAGGGCUGAUUUCCUUCAGAAUGGAGAGGUUUGAUCUUCUUGCAGUCCAUGGGACUCUCAAGAGUCUCCUCCAGCACCAGAAUUCAAAAGCAUCCAUUCUUUGGCAAUCAGCCUUCUUUAUGGUCCAGCUCUCACUUCCAUACAUCACUACUGGGAAAACCAGAGUUUUAACUACACGGACCUUUAUUGGCAAGGUGAUGAUAAUAAAUUGUAUAAUUUCCAUGUUGUAAUGUUCUCUCUCCCUCUCUUUUUCAACGUGUAGUACUCACCGGUUCUCAACAAGCUCUACUGCCAGAUGGGCAAGACUUGCCCCGUCCUCAUCAAAGUGGCCACGCCGCCCCCUCUCUGGGCCAUCAUCCGCACCACGGCCAUCUUCAAGAAGUCUGAGCACAUCGCCGAGGUGGUCAAGCGAUGCCCGCACCACGAGCGCUCUGGCGAGGGCAGCCGCGGUAAGCUCCUGCAGAGGGAAAGGGCUGGCUCUUUUGGGCAAGGGGGCUGGUCUCCCUGGACGAGGACAGGACCUUGUCUACAAAGGAUUCGAACCCAGUGCACCCUUCCUCUUUCCUUCCCCGUCCAAAUGCAUGCUUCGUGGUCAGGGUGGGUUUGAUUUAAAUCGGAUCAAAUCACGAUUAUUUAAAUGACUAGUCAGUAAGACUUGAUUUAUAUAUAUAUUUUAAAAAUGUUAUUCAAUUUUAUUGGCAAAUACGUAGAAAUCAAUACUUGCACACUUGAAAAAGGAAAAAGAAAUUAAGGAAGGUUACAAAAAAAGGAGGGAAAGGGAAACAGAAAGGAAAACAAACAUAAAUAAAUAAAUAAAUGAAAUGUAUAAACUUGAAAAGUAUAAAUAACAACAACAACAACAAGGCCUGGUUGAAGAGGAACUUAAAAACAAAAACAAAGUGGGACAGAAAUAAAAGCAAUAAUAAUAAUAAUAAUAAUAAUAAUAAUCCUCACUAUAAAGAAAAGGUGCCUAGACAUUCAGUUUUGGCUACCUCAACCUGGGUCUAAAGUGCGAUUAGAUUAUAUACAAUUAAAUUAUAAAGCAACUGCGUUAUUCACUAUAAACAGAGCAGUUGUUUCUUUUCAUUUUCCGUCGUAUUUCUUAGCAACAAAUUUGGUGUCGCACGAACAGAUUUUUAUUCUGGAAGUGCAACCCAUGGGGAAAAGUUUGAGAACCGGUUCCCCUGCACUAUUAAAAAACGUUAUUCGGAAGAGUGGUUCGGACAGCGCACUGAGGGAGAUAAGAAUGACACCAUAAAUCUCGGAACAAGAGCGAUGAAUUGCGCAUAGGCUCAGAACCCGAUUGAAACUAGUUUGAUUAAUUCAGUGAAACAGGAUGAGCUUGAUCCAGCGAAAGGACCUUUCCUAAGCCAGGUGGCGAUUUACGCCCCCAGCGCUCGCCUGACCCCCUCUUGCCUCUUAGCAAUCCCCCAGGUAAUCCUCCUUGAGAUUUACUCCCAGGGACGCGGGUGGCGCUGUCGGUUAAACCACAGAGCCUAGGACUUGCCGAUCGGAAGGUCGGGGGUUCGAAUCCCCGCGAAAGGGUGAGCUCCCAUUACUUGGUCCCUGCUCCUGCCCACUCAGCAGUUCAAAAGCACACCAGUGCAAGUAGAUAAAUAGGUACCGCUCCAGUGGGAAGGAGUACGGCGUUUCCGUGCGCUCUGGUUUCCGUCAUGGUGUCCUGUUGCGCCAGAAGCGGUUCAGUCCUGCUGGCCGCAUUACCUGGAAAGCUGUCUGCGGACAAACGCUGGCUCCCUCGGCCUGAAAGCAAGAUGAGCGCUGCAACCCCAAAGUCGCCUUUGAUUGGACUUAACCAUCCAGGGGUCCUUGACCUUUUAUGUUUUAAGAUGCAGUAGGAAAAGAUUUAAGGGACGCGGGUGGCACUGUGGGCUAAACCACAGGGCCUAGGACUUGCCGAUCAGAAGGUCGGCGGUUCGAAUCCCCGUGACGGGGUGAGCUCCCGUUGCUCGGUCCCUGCUCCUGCCAACCUAGCAGUUCGAAAGCACGUCAAAGUGCAAGUAGAUAAAUAGGUACCGCUCCGGCGGGAAGGUAAACGGCGUUUCCGUGCGCUGCUCUGGUUCGCCAGAAGCGGCUCAGUCAUGCUGGCCACAUGACCUGGAAGUUGUACGCCGGCUCCCUCGGCCAAUAAAGUGAGAUGAGCGCCGCAACCCCAGAGUCGGCCACGACUGGACCUAAUGAUCAGGGGUCCCUUUAUCUUUACCUAUGUGGAGCAGGCGGUUUGGGGGUGGUUAGCCUGUGGUGUGGGGUAGGCCCUCUGCGCACGCUCAGAGGCCACGCCAUCGAAACCAUCACGCGGCACAUGUUUGCGUUUUGGACGCCGCUGGUGCCAUCCGCACCCAAUCCUUUGUCCCUUUUGCAAAGCAGCCGUCCCCACACUCUUCUUUCUCUCUCCCCCCUUCUCCCUCUCCCCCCGCCCGGCCCCGAUCCGGUUUUGUGUCCUCCAGGAGGCAUCGCCCCCGCCGAGCACCUGAUCCGGGUGGAAGGGAACCAGCAGGCCCAGUACUUAUCCGACCAGAAUACCAAGCGGCACAGCGUCGUCGUUCCCUACGAGGCACCCCAGGUUAUCGAAAUUGGGGCGUUGUGGGAGGGGGAGGGGGCUUGGACCGGGAAAAGAUCCCCGGAUCACACUGGAGAUCUACCCUUUGCGUUCAGGUGUCGCGGCAGCCGGUGACGUCGGGCCAGGAUCGGUGCAAAUGGGUCAAGCUAUGUUGUCCUGGCUGCCGAGUUUUGCUCCAAACUGAAGUUUCCGAACUCUCUGUGGAGAGUUUUUAUCUUGCGUUAACAGCGAAACCUCGGUUGCCGAACUGUAAUCCGUUCCGGAAGGCCGUUCGGCUUCCGAAACGUUAGACAACGGAGGUGCGAUCGCUGGCCGGCAAAAUCCAUCGACAGAUGGAGAACCGCGCCUUGGAAGCCGUUCGAAAAUGGAAGCGUUCUCUUCCAGGUCUGUCGGCGUUUGGGUUUCGAAUUGUUCUGCCUCCGAAGCUUCGACAACUGAGGUUCCACUGUAUUUUUAACGCUGUGAACCGCCCGAGAUCUUUGGAUGUAGGGCUAUAGUAUGCACGUUUAAUUAAUAAUAUUAAUUAUACAGUGGUACCUCUGGUUAUAGGGACGCAGGUGGCACUGUGGGUGAAAUCACAGAGCCUGGGACUUGCCGAUCAGAAGGUCGGCGGUUCGAAUCCCCGCGACAGGGUGAGCUCCCGUUGCUCGGUCCCUGCUCCUGCCAACCUAGCAGUUCAAAAGCGCACCAGUGCAAGUAGAUAAAUAGGUACCGCUCUGGCGGGAAGGUAAACGGCGUUUCCGUGCGCUGCUCUGGUUCGCCAGAAGCGGCUUAGCCAUGCUGGCCACAUGACCCGGAAGCUGUACGCCGGCUCCCUCAGCCAAUAAAGCGAGAUGAGCGCCGCAACCCCAGACUCGGCCACGACUGGACCUAAUGGUCAGGGGUCCCUUUACCUUUUAAGAGACCCCCCAGGGGUCAUCUAGUCCAACCCCCUGCAAUGCCAAAGUCACAGCAAGCAAACCCUGGACUGAGAUUUCCAUCUGACCUCUUUUAAAAUCUCCCAAGGGAGGAAAGCGGCUUAGUCAUUCUGGCCACAGGACCCGGGAGCUGUACGCCGGCUCACUCGGCCAAUAAAGCGAGAUGAGCGACGCAACCCCAGAGUCGGUCACGACCGGACCUAAUGGUCAGGGGUUCCUUUACCUUUACCUCUGCUUAUGUACUUAAUUUGUUCUGGAGGUCCGUUCUUAACCUGAAACUGUUCUUAACCUAAAUCACCACUUUAUCUAAUGGGGCCUCCCACGGCUGCCGCGCCGCCACUGCACGAUUUCUGUUCUCAUCCUGAAGCAAAGUUCUUAACCCGAGGUACUAUUUCUGGGUUAGCGGAGUCUGUAACCUGAAGCGUCUGUAACCCGAGGUACCACUGUAAUACGAUGCGGCUUGCAAAGAAAGUUGCACACUUUCUACCUGCUGAUAAUAAUGGUAAUUAUAGUAGUAAUAAUUUUGCAUUGCACCUUGCAAAGACGCUCCCCUUGAAUAGUCUGGGGGGGAGAUCAGCAGGUCUCUGUGCCCCAAUUCCUGCCCCCUCUUUGCCUUUCAGCUGGGGACGGAGAGCAGCAAAAUCCUCUACAACUUCAUGUGCAACAGUUCCUGCCAGGGGGGCAUGAACCGCCGCCCCAUCCUGAUCAUCAUCACGCUGGAGACCCAUCUGUGCGUAAAACACUUCUCAUCCUCUUCCUCCCUUCUCCCUCCUCCCCCCGGCAUCUCCUUGCCCCCCAAGGAGGGCCCUCGAGAGUGCAUUGGGGGCUCUGUCUCCUGGGUUCCAGGACUCCUGGCUUCUCUGGGAAGGAUGAGGCCAGCGCCCCCAGGUCUGUGGCCGGGAGAUGGGACUCUGAACUCCUGUUUGCAGAUAGAGAGGUCACAGGCAGCGUUGAAGCAACUCUAGAAGCAAAUUUCUCGUGAGAUCUGAGGACCAGCUUGACGGUCACUUGAAAAUUUCUUUGGUGCUUGACUCUAGAUCCCAUGAGACCAGGGCCCUUCAGGAUUUAACCUCCUUCCGCAGGGCCUGUAAGACAGAGCUAUUCCGCCUGGCCUUUAAUUUGAAUUCAGUCUGAUCUUUUCUUCCCAUUCCUUCCCCUUUUUAUGAAGAUCACCCACUCUGAGACCCCACAGCUAAUUCUCUCACUGGCCCAAGUAGGACCAAUUCAGCCAGCUAGCCCUGGGGAUUAUCUAAUUGAUUUUUUAUUUUUAUUGUUUUUCAUGUUUUUAUACUGUAUUUUAUGCUGCUUUUAUAAUUAAGUGUUUUAAAUUUGUUGUCAGCUGCCCUGAGCCCGGUUUUUGAACCGGGAAGGGCGGGGUAUAAAUAAAAGUUUAUUAUUAUAUUAUUAUAUAGAUCCUUGCUCUAGCUAUGGGUCCAGGGUUGGGGUGGGGGGGGGGAGAAGGGUGCCCAGUGACUCUAGAGAUCUGUGACAGUGGGUGGGUACUGAUCCUGUUGAACCACAAGGAAGGGAGGGAUCCUGUCCAAAUCUGGCUACAGCGGUAGCUUGGUUCUCAAACUUCAUCCGUUCCGGAGGUCCGUUCCAAAACCAAAGCGUUCCAAAAUGAAGGCACGCUUUCCCAUAGAAAGACAUGCAAAAUGGAUCGAUCCGUUCCGGACUUUUAAAAACAACCCCUAAGGCAGCAAUUUAAACAUGAAUUUUACUCUCUAACAAGACCAUUGAUCCAUAAAACGAAAGCAAUAAACAAAGUGCUGCAGUCACACAAUCAAUCAGUGGCUGAACUGGGUCCCGCACAGUCACAAAAAAGAGCCGAAAAAACGCAAAAUACCUCGGGUAUCUCGGGUUAAGAACUUAAUUCGUUCUGGAGGUCCGUUCUUAACCUGAAACUGUUCUUAACCUGAUGCACCACUUUAGCUGAUGGGGCCGCCGCCGCGCGAUUUCUGUUCUCAUCCUGAAGCAAAGUUCUUAACCCAAGGUCCUAUUUCUGGGUUAGCGGAGUCUGUAACCUGAAGCGUCUGUAACCCAAGGUACCACUGUAAAUAGCAAAAACUGACAGACCUCAGCGUAACGCUCAAAGUGGAAGCCUGUGGAACGCCCUCCCGUCAGAUGUCAAAGAGAACAACAACUACCAGACUUUUUAGAAGACAUCUGAAGGCAGCCCUGUUUAGGGAAGCUUUUAAUGUUUGAUGUAUUACGGUAUUUUAAUAUUUUGUUGGAAGCUGCCCAGAGUGGCUGGGGAAGCCCAGCCAGAUGGGCGGGGUAUAAAUAAUAAAUUUAUUUAUUUAUUAUUAUUAUUAUCAUUAUUAUUAUAUAUAACACUCAAAAUGGAGCAUGUUCGGCUUCCGGAAAAAAGUUCACAAACUGGAACACUUACUUCUGGGUUUGCAGUGUCUGGAUUCCAAGUUGUUUGGCUGCCAAGGUAAAAAAAUCCUACAAAAAAAAAAAUCCCAUUCAUUCCUUCUUCCCUUUCUGCCUUUGCCGCUUGCCUGCGGCCCUCGGAAGCCUUCUCCAGAUGAGAAUGCGGCCCUUGAGAAAAAAAGGUUUUCUCUCGCCUGCCAUCCCUGACGUCUCCUCUCCUCGGCCUUCCCCCUUUCUCCGCAGGGGCCAGCUGCUCGGACGACGCUGCUUUGAGGCCCGGGUCUGUGCCUGCCCAGGCCGGGACCGCAAGACGGAGGAAGAAAACUUCAAGAGAAUGGCUCCCUCUGGAAUUAACGCCAAGAGGAAUAAACUCGAAUCUGACGGCGGCGGGAACACCAAGCGGAGUCGACUGGAAGCCGGCAGCGGGAACGCCAAACAGUGCAAGUCUGAAGAGGAGUCGUCCCAGGAAUGGUUGCCGGGGAGCCCAGGAGCGUGUAAGCAAGCCUGCUACUCAGAUAUAUAUAUAAUUUUUAUUUAUUUUCCAUUUACCGUAUUUUUUGCUCUAUAGGACGCACCAGAUGAUAGGACGCACCUAGUUUGGGGGGGAGGAAAUUGUUAGGUUAUUUCCGUUCCACCUUAAAAGGGAGCAGGCUUUGUGAGUCACAGAGUCUGCGUAUUUCCUGUUCACAGGAAGUUUAUGUUGUGUCUAUGCUUUCGUUUCUCUCUCUGUGUCAGAGACACUGAAGCAGGCAGUCAUGUUUUCUCUUUGUUCUGACCAACGCUGAAUAAAGUUGUAAAUAUGCUCUCCUGAGUGCAUCUUUCGCUGUGCAUUAUCUGCUGAUAGAGCGUGCAUCGGCUCUGGAAUGUGGCAAGCUAUUUCUGGAGCUCGUGUCGCUAAUUGCUGAUACUGUAUCUACGGGAGAUCGAUGGAUCGUCCGGGGGCGAUGUGGAGUCAUGAUGGACUUUGUCUCCCUGGCAGUAUCCCAACAGAAAUAAGGGGGCGGGGGGGAUUCUGAAUCCCAGAAGCCAGAACAGCAAGAGGGAUCUGGCUUCUGGGAUAGCCGCUUGGGAUAGCUGGUCUAGCUUUGCGCGAAGUUUCCGCAGAGUACGGGGAGCCUUCAUCCCCCUGCCCUGCGGAGGCUUUGCGGGGCCAUCCAAAAGCCAGAAUAGCUAGAGGGAGCACUGCGCAGCGCUCCGUCUAGCUGGUCUAGUUUGCGCGAAGCCUCCACAGGGCACGGGGAGCUUUCAUCCCCGUGUCCUGCGGAGGCUUCUGGGACAGCCUGUGAAGCCUCCGGAGGGCAGCGGGAUGAAGGCACCCCACUGCCCUGUGGAGGCUUCGCGCAGUUAAGCCAGAAGCUAGAACAGGGAGAGGGAGCACUGCGCAGCCUGCACUCGCUCCAUAAGAUGCACACACAUUUUCCCUUACUUUUUAGAAGGGAAAAGGUGCGUCUUAUAGAGCAAAAAAUACAGUAAUAAUAUACAUUCACACCAUCGUUCUCUACUUUACUGCCCUGGCUCUUGAGAGCCUAUUGACUUACUUCCUUGCCUCCCGCCUCACGGCUUUCAAAAUUAACCUUUAUAUCAUUGCAUUUUAAUAAAUAAUAAUAAUAAUAAUAAUAAUAAUAAUAAUAUUUAUUUAUACCCCGUCCUCCCCAGCCAAGACCAGGCUCAGGGCGGCUAACACCAGGUACAAAAACAAUUGAUUGACAUUGCGUUUUCCAGUUCUAAUUGCACUCAUUACAACAGGACUCGAAACUUAAAUAUAGAAAGGUAGAAAAUUUCUCAUUACAAGUCUUCAGGCAACCCUGCUAGUGAUGUUAAUUGCUUACAAUGAUCUUUCAAAUAUUGUAUAAAUUUACUCCAGUCCUUUUGGGAAUACUGGUUUCGGAUUUUUCUUGUCAAAUUCGCCAGUUCUGCACAGUCCAUCAUUUUCAUCUUCCGCUUUUCUUUCGUCGGUCCUUCUUGUUGUUUCCAUUUUGGGGCUAAAAGAAUUCUCGCCGCAGUUGUUGCACACAUAAACAGUCUUUUAUCUUUCCUUGGUAUCUCGUCACCCACUAUACCCAAUAAAAAGGCUUCUGGUUUUUUAAAAUAAAAGUAUUUUUAAAUGCAAGCCUGCCCCUCAAUGCAAUUCUCUCCCUCUGUUCUAGGGUUGGGUUUGGGGUUUUUUUUCCCAGGGCAGAGGGCACUUUCAAAAGGGGACGCAUAUACAGUGGUGCCUCGCAAGACGAAAUUAAUUCGUUCUGCGAGUUUUUUCGUCUUGCGAAUUUUUCGUCUUGCAAAGCAUGGUUUCCCAUAGGAAUGCAUUGAAAAUCCAAAAGGAAACAAACUUGCAAGACGUUUUCGUCUUGCGAAGCAAGCCCAUAGGGAAAUUUGUCUUGCGAAGCAACUCAAAAAACGAAAAACUCUUUCGUCUUGUGAGGCAUUCGUCUUGCGAGGUACCACUGUACAGUGGUACCAUGGUUCACGAAUUCAAUCCGUUCUGGAAGUCCGUCCGUUCGGUUUCCAAAAAACGUUUGCAAACCGGAACACUCGCUUCUGGUCUUUGGCAGCCAAUUUGUCCGGGAGCCAAGGUAGCACUGUUUUAAUAUUUGUUCCUCUUCAAGCAGACCUUUGGAGAUCUGACCUCCCUCCUUCUGUAAUCCUCAUAGAACUCUAGCCCAAUGGCUGCCAUUAAUUUGACUCUGAAUUGAUUUUAGAAUGAAUUGAUUUUAGAAUGUAUCUCAAUUAAUUGAUUGUGAUUUUAUGUAAACUGUGUUACUUUUACUGUUGUUAGCUGCUCUGAGCCCGGCUUCUGCUGGGGAGGGCGGGAUAUAAAUAAAAUUAUAUUAUUAUUACAUGUGAGAUGGUUGCUUUGAUUUUUAUUGUUAUUACGCCUUUUGCAUUUAUUCCGUGGCAAACCGUUAAAAAGCGCCCUGAGAGCUGCGCAUGUAGUGGCGUGUGUGUGUGCAGAUUUAAUAAAUAAAAUAAAUCGACCCUUCCUCCUGUCCCUUUCCACAGCUUUCUCUCAGAGCAGCGAUUUGGGAGGCUCCAAGAAGCGGAUCGUGGAGGCUCCCAGUGGCGUCAGCAGUAGCACUGAAGGAAGAGUUUACACCAUCCAGGUGACUUUCGCGGGGCGGGGGGGGCGGAAAAGCCUGAAAGCCCGGUCCCAGGCCUUGCGUAAAUGUUGCCGCUGAACUGCAUCCUUUCGGCUUAAAUGUCCCCCCCUUGGACUGCGAGGGGGCUCCAAGAUGGCCGCUCCCUGAUUAAUAAUAAAUAAUAAUUAUUAUUUAUUAUUUAUACCCCGCCCAUCUGGCUGAGUUUCCCCAGCCACUCUGGGCGGCUCCCAAUCAAGUGUUAAAAACAGCCUUAAAUAUUAAAAACUUCCCUAAACAGGGCUGCCUUCAGAUGUCUUUUAAAGAGACGAUAACUACUUAUUUCCUUGAUAUCUGGUGGGAGGGCGUUCCACAGGGCGGGCGCCACCACUGAGAAGGCCCUCUGCCUGGUUCCCUGUAACCUCAUUUCUCGCAGUGAGGGAACUGCCAGAAGGCCCUCAGAGCUGGACCUCAGUGUCCGGGUUUAAUGUAUUAAAAAUACAUUAAAAUGUCACACAUUUUAAGCUUCCCUAAACAGGGCUGCCUUCAGAUGUCUUCUAAAUGUCAGGUAGUUGUUUUUCUCUUUGACAUCUGCUGGGAGGGCGUUCCACAGGGCAGGUGCCACCACCGAGAAGGCCCUCUGCCUGGUUCCCUGUAACUUGGCUUCUUGCAGGGAGGGAACCGCCAGAAGGCCCUCGGAGCUGGAGCUCAGUGUCCGGGUAGAACGAUGGGGGUGGAGAUGCUCCUUCAGAUAUACUGGGCCUUUGAGGCCGUUUAGGGUUUUCAAGGUCAGCACCAACACUUUGAAUUGUGCUCGGAAACGUACUGGGAGCCAACACAGAUCUCUCAGGACCGGUGUUAUGUGGUCUCAGCGGCCGCUCCCAGUCACCAGUCUAGCUGCCGCAUUCUGGAUUAAUUGCAGUUUCCGGGUCACGUUCAAAGGUAGCCCCACGCAGAGCGCAUUGCAGUAGUCCAAGCGGGAGAUAACCAGAGCAUGCACCACUCUGGCGAGACAGUCCGCAGGCAGGGAGGGUCUCAUCCUGCGUACCAGAUGGAGCUGGCAGACAGCCGCCCUGGACACAGAAUUAACCUGCGCCUCCAUGGACAGCUGUGAGUGCAAAAUGAGUCUCAGGCUGUGCAUCUGCUCCUUCAGGGGCACAGUUGCCUCGUUCAGGACCAGGGAGUCUUCCACACCCGCCUGCCUCCUGUCCCCCCAAAACAGCACUUCUUGGAACCCAAGUUCCCUGGGAGGAGCCACCACCAAGAAGGCCCUGUGUAUGGCUUGCGCCCAGGAUGCCUGAGGACUAUAUUUCCCUCAUACAAACCUGCCCAGACUCUGAGAUCUUCGGUGGGGGGGGGCUUCUCUCGGUCCUGCCACCCUCACAAGUGGGGACAUGGAACAGGGCCUUCUUGGUGGUGGCUGCUCCCAGGCACCUUUGGAACUCCCUGCUUAGAGAAGCCAGACUGGCUCCCUUGUCCUUCCACCGGCAGGUGAAGAUGAUUUUAUUCCAACAGGCUCUUGGGAAGCAAUGGGAUUUUAAGGAAAGGGCUUUUAAAUAGUCUAGUACCAUGCUGCUUUUAUUAUCUACAUUUUAAUAGAUUUUUUAAAAAAUAAAUAAAUUGCAUCUUAAUUACUUUGGAACAAGGAUCUUCCACCGCUUAGCUUUCUCGUAUCUCAAUCUGCGCUGUUUUAAUUUUUGUAAGCCGCUUCGGUUCCUGGUCCGUGGGGGAAGGCGAAGGUAUAAAUAAAUACGAUGGGAAGAAUUGAUAAUGGCAAUAUUUCCUCCUCCCUUUCCAGACUCGUGACCGGAAGCUGUACCAGCUGCUGAAGAAAAUAAAAGAAGCCAUCGAGUUUCAAGAUUUGAUGAAGCAAAACAAGGAGCCGGCCAAAGUGUGAGUGGUUAAACGCUGCCUCCUUUGGCCUUCUCCUGACUCCAUCUGUCUCAAGUGUCGACUGGCACUGACUUCUACAUGCCAAGCAGGUGUCCUGCUCACAGGCUGCAUCCUUUUCCCCCUCCAUCUCGCCAGGUCCAUCACCAGUGUGGUCAGAUUGGAGUGUGGGGUUUUUGCCUAGCUUGCUUGCUAUAUAUAUAUAUAUAUAAAAUUUUAACUGAUUUUUAGAUCUUUUUAGACUUCCAUCAGCACCUCUGAUGAUCCACCGUUUUAACCACUUCUUACGCAUUUCUUAACUUUAUAUUGCCUUUACAUCUCUUAACAAAUCAUCCUCCCCCUUCUCCAUUUUUGCAAUACUUCCAAUGAUUCACCUCACAAAACUUCUUGCAAACCUACAAACAUCGUCUGAUCUUCACAAAUACUUUUCAAAUAGUCCGUAAAUUUACUCCAGUCUUCCGUGAAUUUCUGGUCCUGCCGGUUUCGAAUCCUUCCUGUUAGUUUAUCUAGUUCUGCAUAGUCCAUUAACUUCAUCCUCCAUUCUUCAAUCGUCGGUAGUUCUUCUUGCUUCCAUUUUUGGGCCAGUAAUAGUCUUGCUGCUGUUAUUGCGUAUAAAAAGAGCUUAUAUUCCUUUCUAUUUAUAUCACUCCCAACAAUGCCCAGUAAAAAUGCUUCUGGUUUCUUUAUAAAUGUAUAUUUCAACAUUUUUUUUCAUUUCAUUAUAUAUCAUCUCCCAGACGCAUUUCACCUUUUUACAUUCCCACCACAUGUGAUAAAAUGUUCCCUCUUUUUCUUUACAUUUCCAACAUUUAUUACUAACUUUAUACAAUCUCUCUAACUUGACAGGUGUAAUAUACCAUCUAUACAUCAUUUUCAUCACAUUUUCUUUUAGGGCAUUGCAUGCAGUGAAUUUUAAACCUUUCCUUGCUUGCUUGCUUUUGCGAGGCGCAGCUUGGCUCACUGACUCGAGCCGCUCAAGGCUCAGUACACCCUGCCUUAAGAGCUUGCUGAUUUCUCUUCCCCCCCACACCCAAUAAUGGCUUCUCGCUCCUCCUGUUAUGAGUGUGGGCUACCCCCCAAUUUUUAAAAAAACAAAGAACCCCCCCAGAACCAGGACAUUUCAUGUAAAAUGCAAAAAUCUGCCCAGGAGGGCAUGGCGACUCCCCAAAAGAGGACUUGUCCUGGAAAACCUGGACAUAUGGCAACUCAGCAUUAUCCGAACCUAAGUGUUUAUGUCUGCCUUCAAGUCACCGACAUUGUGAGGAUGGGUGUCAUCAAGGAGUUGAGUCUUCUGUCCUUGGCAACCAAUUUUGCCUGUUUUCAUCCUUAAGUGGGAGGUGGGUGAAUAUUCAGGAUAAUAAUUAUAAUAAUAAUAAUUUAUUAUUCAUACCCCGCCCAUCUGGCUGGGUUUCCCCAGACACUCUGGACGGCUUCCAACAAAAUACUAAAAUACAAUAACCUAUUAAACAUUAAAAGCUUCCCUAAACAGGGCUGCCUUCAGAUGUCUUCUAAAAGUCUGGUAGUUGUUGUUCUCUUGGACAUCUGAUGGGAGGGCGUUCCAGAGGGCGGGCGCCACCACCGAGAAGGCCCUCUGCCUGGUUCCCUGUAGCUUGGCCUCUUGCAGUGAGGGAACCGCCAGAAGGCCCUCGGAGCUGGACCUCAGUGUCCGGGCAGAACGAUGGGGGUGGAGACGCUCCUUCAGGUAUAUUGGACCAAGGCCAUUUAGAAUAUUCCGAAAUGCCUUUCUUUGAGCCAGCGGCUGGCAAUUUGACUUGGUCCAGAGUCACCAGAGCUCAUCACAGUCGGUUUCAUGUCAUAAUUAGAGUCAUGUCGAUCUUGUGCCCUGAUCCUCAGAGGUAAACCGCACCAUAAAUUCAGAUUAAUUGGGCUGGCCGAAUUAUUCGGCCCUUGUAAACGGCGUGCAGGCGGAAAUCGCUGAAAUUUGAUUUCCUCCCCCUCUUUCUUUUUUCCUUUCUCCUCCUGUGAUGAGGCUGCGUUUAAUGUUGUAUUUUAAUCUUGUAUUUAAGUUGUAAUCGUUCAACUUGUUUUUGUUAUUGGUUGUUAGCCGCCCUGAGCCCGGCCUUGGCUGGGGAGGGCAGGGUAUAAAUAAAAUUUAUUAUUAUUAAAUGUCGGGGAGUGUAGAUUUGGGUGGAUUUCUUUAAAAAUCUGGCCUUGUCUGCGGAGGGCGGGGUAUAAAUAAAAUUUAUUAUUAUUAUUUAAAUGUCGGGGAGUGUAGAUUUGGGCCGAUUUCUUUAAAAAUAGCUCAAAAACUCCAGAUUUUCGCUUUUUGAAAUACGGAUAACCCUAAAUUAACACCUCCUUUUCCAUCUCUUCUUUGCCUAGGCUCCAGAAGAAGAUGGCUGUGGUUGUGAAGGACAACUGA